GAUGAUUCUAAAUCGACCUUCUCGAUGCUGCAGCGCUGAGUCCUGACUCCCUUUGCGUAGUAUCAUCACGCUUUGACUCAGGCAAACGUGGGUGGCACAUUAAUAUUGUGUAUGGAUGGGCGUACAAUACCCGCGUAGGAUCUAGAAAGGGAUCACCAUUCUCUACACCCUCACCGUAGUCACGUCAUAGGUCAAAUCCCUAAAUGGUCCACUUCGGUCAGUCCACUACGGCUAUGUAGUGUUUCGAUUGUACGCUGCACCACCCACAUCUCUCAAUAGAGACCUUUGCGGAUCAAAAGGCUCAACAAUGGUUCCACAGUUUCGUUUCCUAUAUAUUCAGCUCACUCGCGCUCAUUUCUGUCUGUCAGAGCUUUACUUUCUCCAAAUCACUGGACUCCCUAUCUUUGCUCGUAUCAUAGACUUGCAUUGCAUCAUGUGUAAAUUUGUAGUGCCCAUUCGUACUUGCUCAAAGUGCCACCAAAACGAACCACUUUUCGACGAGAAGGAAAGGCGGCUGUCGCAUAUCACUGAAAAGAAUGAGCGAAAGCUAACAUACAUGGCACCUCCCCAGGACUGCUAUUCGCGGCGGUGUGUCUUCAGCAGUGAACACCCUGUCACUUGGCACGCCUGUUGGAUCACUUGUAAACAAACACAUGGCAAAACACGCAAGAUUCGGGGUGGCUCACCUUCAUAUGUUUGCCACAACUGUGCCUCAUGCCCACAGCGGCAUAGCUCAAGAUAGCCGCCUCGUGGCGUGCUUCGUCGACGGCAAAUUGAUUGAUUGGUUUUCUGGGUUAGCAAAUAAUAUCUGAUACAUGGUGUUUGUAUACAUAUGCGAUACCCACUGCGAAAUACCAUCCAUUUAGCUUUCAGACUCGAUUUCACUCAGAUCGGCGAUGGACCACUUGGCAUUGUUUCGGGUGGCUGGUUAGUCUUCAGAUCAUGACCCUCAACAUGGUUUGGUGAAUCGUUGCUUUGGACUGCCUCUUAAAUAUUGUUGACUUGUAUGGCACCUAGGUACCCGGGAAUGUUUGAUGCAGCCAACUAAUGAGCACAUGUAUCUCUUCGGAUCUGAGCUUAUGCUCCACUUUCUAGCGCCAGGGUCGCAUGGUACUGGACAAUCAAAGGC